CGAUCAGUGCUUGUAACUUAGCCGGAUCGUAGUCUUGAACUUCACGGUCAUCAUCGCUGCACACUCUUCAAUUCUCUGUUCCGCACGACGCGCAUCUUCGCGAAAGGAUUUCUUGUUUGCAUACAUUAUUCAUUACCUUCCCCCUCGCUACCCAUAGAAUUUGAAGGUAUUAUCUAGGCACGCCUUCAGGACUUGCAAUAGCAUUCAACGAUGGGGGAUCUCGUGGACUCGAUGCUCGACCUCAUGAGGCGGCUUCCGCCUACCAAUGUGGAGGAGAAUGUGGCCGCACUUGUAGGAAUGUGCCCAGACUAUGCGGACGAUCUGUUGGGAAGUGUCGAUCAACCGCUGAAGGUCUUGACGGAUCGCGCGACGGGGAAGGAGUAUCUUGCCUGUGACUAUAAUCGGGAUGGAGAGAGCUAUCGAUCGCCGUGGUCGAAUGAAUAUGACCCUCCGCUAGACGACGGCACGGUGCCAUCUUCCAAACUCCGAAAACUGGAAAUAACCGCAAAUGAAGCAUUUGACACGUAUAGAGAAAUGUACUAUGAGGGAGGCGUGUCAUCAGUCUUCCUGUGGGACCUUGACGACGGCGGCUUCGCAGGAGUUGUCCUUUUGAAGAAGGCAUUAAAUCCGACAUCACCUGGAGAGCCUUCAGGCUCUUGGGAUUCCAUUCAUGUGUUCGAAGCCGCUGAGCGAGGUCGUCAAGCGCACUAUAAACUCACAUCCACCAUAAUGCUUCAUAUGACAGAUCGGCCGAACCUAGACGACAAUGACAGUGGGAGCGGCAGUGCUUCCAAAGAGAAGAACAACAAGAGUGAAGCCAAACGAGACGGGGAGGUGUCGUUGAGUGGCAGCAUGACGCGACAGAUUGAGCAAGAUUGGCCGAUUCAGGACCAGAACUCGCACAUCACCAAUACCGGUCGGAUGAUUGAGGAGAUGGAAAUCAAGAUGCGGAAUCUUUUGCAGGAGGUCUACUUUGGCAAGACUAGGGACGUUGUGUUUGAUUUGCGUAGCGUCGAUGACCUGGAGAAGGCGCGCAGACAGCGAGAAUUGCAGAAAGAGCUCGUCGGGUUCAUCAAACGGUAGACUUACUCACGACAAUGGGAAUUAUGGAGGACGGACUCAGGCUGAUACAGCAGGCAAGAAAGUACUUUUUCAUUUGUGUACCAAAUAUACAUGUAGCUCUGACAUCGCUCCGCUGAAUGCCGGCUUUCGGAGGUAAGUCUAUAUACCCACUGCGACAAGCCAGGCACGCGUUUCUCUUGUGGAAUUCCAGUACCCAUCUCACGCAGAGCAUGAUUGAGGC